GGACUACAGUGGUUUUUUCAGAGCCCGCCAUGAGCAACGGGAAUUUUCCCGCGAUUACAUGCGACCUUUGACCUCAAUCUUGCACAGGGCGCGCACAGGUGCAGCUCCACCCCACAUUCCCCUUGCCCCACACACACGCCUGUCGAGAGCCGAGGAAGAUGGCGAAGUGGCUGAAAUCCGUGCUGUUUGGUCGCCAGCUGAGCCAUGGAUCUGGGACGGAGGACCCCCAGAGUUUCGACGAAGCAUUUCAGACCCUACAACAGGCAGAGAACGUCGUGACCCCAGCCGCCAAUCUAUCAGGAGAUCCCAGUGAGCCGUCUGUGCCCGUGGAGCAGCAGCUGCAGGAGCUGCAGAUGCCAAGUGCGGCCUCCCCUCCUGGUGCCGGGGAGAUGAAUGCUGCGUACAAAGUGAGCAACCGUCUGGUCCGUGAGCGCAUGGAAAAGGAGAACCCGGAAAACAUUGCCAUCCUCGAUUCAGUCAAAGACAGCGACAUUGUUUGCGUGCAGGGGACCUACGACCACAUCCACCUGGUCCUGGAGGCCAUCGGCAUCCCCUUCUCCCACGUGAGUCCCCAGACCCUCCUCAAGAUGGACCUCAAACCAGAGCAGACCGUCUACGUCAACUGCCCGUCCUCGUUCCCCGUCGAAGUUGCCAAGAAGCUGCGGGUUUUUGUGGAGGCCGGGGGCAGCUCAUCACCACCGACUGGGCGCUGAAACACGUGCUGGAGGUGGCCUUCCCUGGUACGGUGCGCUACUCGGGCACCUCCACCGGAGAUGAGGUGGUGGCCAUUGAGAUUGUUGAUAAAGACGACGACAUUCUACGAGGGUUCCUGGACCAGGAAAAAGAUGCAGCUCCAGUAUGGUGGCUGGAGGGCUCAUCCUACCCCAUUGAGAUACUUGACAAGAAGAAGGUCAAAGUACUGGUGAAGUCUGACGAGCUGAAGAGGAAGUACAAGCACGACCCUGUCAUUGUCUCCUUUGAGUGGGGCAAGGGAAUUGUCUACCACAUGAUCUCCCACUUCUACCUGCAGAGGAGCGAGACUCGCACCAAGAAACAAGGGAAGAGCUCGGCAGCGUAUGCAGAGGCACAGGGAGCCUCCAAGACCACCAUGGACAUGUUCAGUGAAGUUGAAACUGCCUCUCCUGGCAUGAACUAUGGCAUGGUGCAGAGUGCAGCCACUUCCUCUGAGUUUGUGUCCCGCGUCCUCGUCAAACAGAAGAGGAAAUUCGCAAAGAAAUGAAAAAAUGCUAGUAUAUACUCACCAUAAAAUUUGGUAUUCUAGAUUCUUUUCAUGGGUAUUUUUAGCAUUUUUUUUUUAUAUUAUCAUAAUUAGAGGUUAUAUAUAAGAAUGAUUUGUGAGAUAAAAAUUUUACAACUCUUGAUCACAAGGAUAAGGAAAGAAUACAAAAACUGAACACAAAACAGUUGACUAAGUAUAGAUACCUGAUGAUGAAAAUUGAUAACAAAUGCCGAUUGAUUAUAAGCAGUAGAAAUAACCCAAUGUCUGUGUUAAGAGACCAACCAAGUGUUUAGAGCGGGGUGUAGUCGGCAGCGCUGUGAGGAGUUUCGUCUGGUAGAGGUUCAGUUGAGCUGUCCUCAGCUCUCCCACCAUCCACACCAUACAUUUCCACCUCUACCACCGUGACUCUGGCAGAGGACCCACCAUCGCUACUGCUGGGAGACAUCAGAGCACUGGGUAGCACCUGUUCGUCCUCUUCGUCUUCCUCCAGCAGGAGACGGUGAGAUUCUUCCCUGUCGCUCUGUCGACCUCCCAUUCGCAGUCUCUUGGGCACUGACUUGACGCUGGUGCCCGAGCGACUGGCUCGACCGUUUACCAACUUCCCCGGGGCUGACACGCUCCCUUCCACUCUCGAACUCAGCGGCGACGUAUGGUUGGAAAACAGACUUGCCGCCGGGCUCUCCUGGUCUUUGGUCUUCUGAAACUUGGUCGCCUUGCGAGCGUCCAGGUACUGAUUGCAGGAUAUCAUCAGGAGAACGCAGUCUGAAACGGGACGCACCGUGAAAUCCGGGACGUAGUCUCCACUACCGCUGUCGGCAAGUUCAAGAGCCUGCACUCCAAAAUGGUGGAAGGGACCGGCUUCGAAUUUCAUGCCUUCCUUCCCGACCUCGACCUCAACGUGUCCCUCAAGGACGAGGGUGAACGAGGAGGUGGGGAUGUUGAUUCGAUAGAGGGUCACGUUGCGAGCCUGAAUCUCCUCCUGCGUGUACUGCCGCACCACGUCCUGGAGCAAGAGCCGUCGCAGGAUCCCUGGCAAUAUCUUCCCACUCUUGAAUGCUUCGACACCUGCAAAACAGGCGAGAAUACAGUAAACAGCGCUCUGCUGCAAAGUUACUUUAUCAUCGAUUUUUGGGCUUAAACAUACUGCACAGUAAAGGUUAGUUUUUCCCCACGAUACAGUAAUAGAGUUUGUGUGGAUAAGACAAGAGAUGGUCUCACUGCUGG